CACGUGACAUUCGCGAUGCUGCAGUCGAUCAUUCGCUCUAAUUUCGUUGAUCAUGUUUGGCGUCCAGUUGGUUCGCAAGGUCCCGUGUAAGCCACCAAAGGUUCACGUAUUUCGUGAUGUCACUCAAGGGGAAAGCACCAGCCCGACCACCGAAGAAGCGAUUCCACAUGGCUUAAAGUUGGAGAAUUACGUUCGACAUCUGAAUGCGUGUAUGGAAAAGCCGAGGACAUUGCUAGGCCCAGAAGCAUAUAUGGAAACAGUGCAUGCACAUGCUGCGCUUAAGAAGUUACAUGUUACAAAACGGCGCGAUUUGCUGAGACCAAAAUUAGCGCUGGAGGAAGCCUGCUUAAAUGAGGAGUUACGUGAACGUUUUGGGCGGGUCGUAAACUGCUCAUAGAGAGAUGUAUCAUUGUGGUAAAGUGUCGUGGUCACAUCUGAUGAUUACUUUCAUUGUGCUGAUUUCUGUAAUAUAGCAGAACAACUUGUGUAUUUGCAUGUACUGGACGUGCACGUGUCCAAACUCAGUUACAAUACGAAUGGGGCAGCAUCGAAAUACAUAUGAGCCUCAGAUUCGCUUUGUUCUAAUGCAUCGAAAAGCAACUAUCAUUCAUGAAUAGUAUAUUAAAACGAAAAUAGGAAG